CGCGCAAGCAGCCGGUCAGGCUGAGCACAGAGGGUAGGGGGCGGCGGCGCCUGCAGCGGCUGCUACAGCGGCGGCAGAAGAGGAGGCUUCGUGAUUUCCGCGGUCUGGGCAGUGCGUGGCCGCGCGAGUAGCCGUUGGAGUAGUAGGUACGAUUCGCCCGUGAGGAGCCAUUGAGACUUCCUGUCUCCCUUGUUUGAGCGCUUCAGUCCCUGCUUGUGUGGCAAACCCUGGGGACGGCAGGUCACCCUGCGGCCCCGGCCCUCCCGCCUCAUUUCAGGCAUAAUGGUUAUGAAAGCUUCUGUAGAAGACGAUGAUUCGGGAUGGGAGCUCAGUAUACCAGAAAAGAUGGAAAAAAGCAAUACAAACUGGGUGGACAUAACUCAAGAUUUUGAAGAAGCUUGUCGAGAAUUAAAGUUGGGAGAACUACUUCAUGAUAAGCUAUUUGGUCUUUUUGAAGCCAUGUCUGCCAUUGAAAUGAUGGAUCCCAAGAUGGAUGCUGGCAUGAUUGGAAACCAAGUUAAUCGAAAAGUUCUCAAUUUUGAACAAGCCAUCAAGGAUGGUACCAUUAAAAUUAAAGACCUCACCUUGCCGGAAUUGAUAGGGAUAAUGGAUACAUGUUUUUGCUGUUUGAUAACAUGGUUAGAAGGCCACUCCUUGGCACAGACAGUAUUUACGUGCCUUUACAUUCAUAAUCCAGACUUUAUAGAAGACCCUGCCAUGAAAGCUUUUGCUCUGGGAAUCUUGAAAAUCUGUGACAUUGCAAGGGAAAAAGUAAAUAAAGCUGCUGUUUUUGAAGAGGAAGAUUUUCAGUCAAUGACUUAUGGAUUUAAAAUGGCUAACAGUGUCACAGAUCUUCGAGUUACAGGCAUGCUAAAGGAUGUGGAGGAUGACAUGCAAAGAAGAGUAAAGAGUACUCGAAGUCGACAAGGAGAAGAAAGAGAUCCAGAAGUUGAACUAGAACACCAACAGUGUUUAGCAGUAUUCAGCAGAGUGAAAUUUACUCGAGUGUUACUGACAGUGCUUAUUGCCUUUACUAAGAAGGAGACCAGUGCUGUUGCAGAAGCUCAAAAAUUGAUGGUUCAAGCAGCAGAUCUUCUUUCUGCCAUUCAUAACUCAUUGCAUCAUGGCAUCCAGGCCCAGAAUGAUACUACAAAAGGGGAUCAUCCAAUUAUGAUGGGUUUUGAGCCCCUUGUUAACCAGAGGCUACUUCCACCCACUUUUCCUCGAUAUGCAAAGAUAAUUAAAAGAGAAGAAAUGGUCAACUAUUUUGCAAGAUUAAUAGAUAGAAUAAAAACUGUUUGUGAGGUGGUAAACUUAACAAAUUUACACUGUAUCCUGGAUUUUUUCUGUGAGUUUAGUGAACAAUCACCUUGUGUUCUUUCAAGAUCUCUAUUACAAACCACUUUCCUGGUUGAUAACAAAAAGGUCUUUGGAACUCAUCUCAUGCAAGACAUGGUGAAAGAUGCCCUUCGGUCUUUUGUCAGUCCUCCGGUGCUUUCCCCAAAGUGCUGCCUAUAUAAUAACCACCAGGCUAAGGACUGUAUUGACUCCUUUGUUACUCACUGUGUUCGGCCAUUCUGUAGUCUUAUUCAGAUCCAUGGGCAUAACAGGGCUCGUCAGAGAGACAAGCUGGGUCAUAUUCUUGAGGAAUUCGCCACCUUGCAGGAUGAGGCAGAGAAGGUUGAUGCGGCACUUCACACUAUGCUGUUGAAACAGGAACCCCAAAGGCAACAUUUGGCCUGUUUAGGCACCUGGGUCCUUUACCAUAACCUUAGAAUUAUGAUACAGUAUCUUUUAAGUGGCUUUGAAUUGGAACUCUACAGCAUGCACGAGUACUACUACAUAUAUUGGUACCUCUCUGAGUUCCUUUAUGCGUGGUUGAUGUCGACAUUAAGUCGUGCCGAUGGCUCUCAGAUGGCAGAGGAAAGGAUAAUGGAAGAGCAACAGAAGGGCCGUAGCAGUAAAAAGACAAAGAAAAAGAAGAAAGUUCGCCCUUUGAGCCGAGAAAUCACAAUGAGCCAGGCCUAUCAGAACAUGUGUGCUGGAAUGUUUAAGACCAUGGUAGCAUUUGACAUGGAUGGCAAAGUACGAAAACCCAAGUUUGAACUCGAUAGUGAACAAGUGCGGUAUGAGCACAGAUUUGCUCCGUUCAACAGUGUGAUGACCCCACCCCCAGUACACUAUCUGCAGUUCAAGGAAAUGUCUGACCUCAAUAAAUACAGCCCUCCCCCUCAGUCUCCAGAUCUGUAUGUGGCAGCUAGUAAGCACUUCCAGCAAGCUAAAAUGAUACUGGAAAACAUCCCCAACCCAGACCAUGAGGUCAAUAGAAUUUUAAAGGUCGCCAAACCCAACUUUGUGGUUAUGAAGCUAUUGGCGGGAGGACACAAAAAGGAGUCUAAGGUUCCUCCCGAAUUUGAUUUCUCUGCUCAUAAAUAUUUUCCCGUUGUGAAGCUUGUUUGAGAUUGAAAGGUGACCAUAAAGGGGUAAAAUCUACUUUCAGAUUCUACUCUUGGCGGAUCCAUCCAUCAGUCUUACCACCUAAUAUGAAGUGAAAUGGAUUUCUUGGAUAACAACCCAUUAUAAAGAAUUCUUUUAAUUUGACAGCCUUAUAUGACAUGAAUGAAAACUGCUGUUUUAAAGUGGUUUAUUAUGUCCAUGGGUAACACUGCUGUGGUUGAAUGCAUUGAGGAACCUUGUAUGGUUUUAUUACAGAUUUAAUCAUAAAUCAUUUUUUAUGAAUGGUUGAGAAUAGUGUUUGUAAAGGUUAAUAAAUUUCUUGACAAAAAUGUA